UCUAGUCAUCUAUGGUGUAAAGGGCACUGUGAUAUCGUAAGCACGCCGAUCAACGUCUAAUCGACAUAUUAAGUGUUAAACUACGAAAGCUGUAAGAGUAUUUUCGCAAAACGCACAACCAUCGUUUUUGGAUGACCUUCACGGAAUUCAUCCUGUAAGAAUCGACGGUCAGCGUUUCACAGUGGCCAAGUGUUGUGCCACAACGUCAAAAGUUGAAGUAAGUUGAUCAAUGAACUCCUAUCUCGAUAAUCCGCGUCGAGAAAAUAUUUAAAUGGUACUAAACCAUCGCAAGAAAAUUAUCACGACAUACUUCCUUUGGGCGAGAUUUUUCAACUCACUGAAAAGAACCAAUAAAGCUCUACGUGUCACAUAUGUCGGAUUGUGAGUUUGAAAAUCAUAAAAGUUUAUAACGAGUCGUUUUCUACCGUGUUUGAUAAAACUACACUUACUUCAAAUUGUAACCAUGGUUGUUCUCUCAAAAUAUAUUGAUCUGGCGGUGCAAAAGUACGAUGAAAGCGGAUUGUCCAAAACCUCAAUUAGCAAUGUAAUAAUCGGUGCGGCAAUAUGCGCUUACACGUUCAAGCUCACAUAUUCAUUAAUAGGUAACAAUGAUAUAAAUAUGGAGGAACAACAGCACACAUAUAAAAGGAAUAAUGCGACAUUGUAUACAGAUUUGGAUGAAGAUGUGUCAAUUACGCCGACGGAUGAUGAAGAUUCAAAAUUCGCUGAAGUAGAGAAAUUGCUCGUUGCAAAGCAGCUGAAAAGACACAAUAAUGCGCGGUUGGAGCCAGGCCUCAAUAAAGAAUUCAUUCAACAAAUAAGCAAACUUUUAAAGAUUAUGAUACCAAAAUGUGUAUGUUAUGAGACUGGCCUACUGAUUGUACACACAUUGUGUUUAAUAUCGAGAACGUUCUUAUCAAUUUAUGUAGCUGCCUUGGAAGGCGCAAUCGUCAAAUUUAUUGUACGAAAGGAUGUGAAACAAUUCGGUAUAAUUCUUCUAAAAUGGUUUGGAAUUGCGAUACCCGCUACCUUUAUUAAUUCGAUGAUACGAUUUCUGGAAAGUAAACUUUCGUUAUCAUUCAGAACUCGUUUGGUGCGACAUUCAUAUCGCUUGUAUUUCAAGAAUCAAAAUUACUAUCGGGUGUCCAAUUUGGAUGGGCGAUUGGAAAAUGCGGAUCAUAGAUUGACCGAGGACAUUGCGGUAUUUGCUAGCUCAGUAGCACAUUUAUACAGCAGUGUUACCAAGCCUUGCUUGGAUCUUAUGCUUAUUGGCUUCGCUUUAAUGCGAUCUACUCAAAAAAUGAAAGCCAACAUUUACUCAGGUCCAAUAUUGGCUGUUGCCGUAAUAUCAUUAACAGCACAUAUAAUGCGAGUAGUUUCACCGAAAUUCGGUCAGCUUGUGGCAGAAGAAGCUAAUCGCUAUGGUUAUUUACGGCAUAUACACUCUCGAAUUAUUACAAAUUCUGAAGAAAUAGCGUUUUACGGAGGACAUAAAGUAGAAUUGCAGCAGUUGCGUCAAGCUUACAAUCGACUUGUUAAUCAAAUGAACAAUAUAUUCACGCAAAAAUUAUGGUUCGUCAUGCUCGAACAAUUUUUCAUGAAAUAUGUGUGGUCUGGGACGGGUAUGGUUAUGGUCUCAUUGCCGAUUUUAACUUCCGGCGCAACUAUGAAAACAAUCGUCACUAAAGAUCCAGAGAUGAAGGAGGUAUUAGACUCUACGGUCAGUGAACGGACUCAAUAUCUAACCACCGCACGAAAUUUACUUAUUUCUGCUGCUGAUGCCAUAGAGCGUUUGAUGUCAUCGUAUAAAGAAAUUGUAGCAUUGGCUGGAUAUACUUAUCGUGUUGCCGGAAUGAUGGAAGUUUUCGAAGAGACAGCGCAAGGGAUUUAUCAUAAAAACACCGUUGUCGAGUAUAAAGAAAUGAAUGGCAUCAUUGAGUUCAAAGAUGGUAAGCCGAUUGCGCGAGGUCGUAUCAUAUACACGGAUACCCCAAAUGAUAUGACAAUCACAGUGCGAGCAGUACCUGUGAUCACUCCGAAUUGCGACAUCGUCGUACCAAGUCUAACGCUUUGCAUUGAACAAGGCAUGCAUCUGCUAAUUACUGGACCCAAUGGCUGUGGUAAAUCAAGCUUAUUCCGGAUUCUGAGCGGGUUGUGGCCAAUUUAUUCUGGUGAAUUAUACAUACCACGUCCGGUUGAGGAUAAUUUGUGUAUGUUUUAUAUUCCUCAACGCCCAUAUAUGUCGACAGGCAGUCUUUGCGAUCAAAUUAUUUAUCCCGAUAGUCGUGAAGAUAUGAUACGCAAAGGGGUUACUGAAAAUGAGCUUCGAGACAUAUUGAAAAUGGUCUGUUUGGAACAAAUAGCGCAGCGUGAUAACUUUCACGUCGUCCGGGAUUGGAAAGACAUACUGUCCGGUGGUGAAAAACAACGUAUGGCAAUAGCACGUCUUUUUUAUCACAGGCCAAGAUAUGCUUUACUUGAUGAAUGCACGAGCGCUGUUUCUAUUGAUGUAGAAAGUUCAAUAUAUGAAAUCGCAAAGAGUAUGGAUAUAACAUUAUUAACAAUUACGCAUCGACCAACAUUAUGGAAGUUCCAUACGCACAUUCUGGAGUUCGAUGGCCAAGGCGGUUGGAGUUUUCGACAAAUGGAAUCAAAUGAGCAACAAAAAUCUUAGUUCCUAGAAUUUUAAAAACAUUUUUAUGAAUAUUACGUAGUACUUUUGGCUUAAAACAAGCAUUUUAAUUGUAGUUACCUUAUCUGUUUCCUUAAUAAAUCUUUUUUAAAUUUUUUCUUUCAA